AUGUUCUCUGGGAGGAAAAAGCCUAUAUCGAAGCAGAAGAGCCCUGGGAAGAAGCUACAGAAAAAGCGUCGUCCUGCCGUCUACGGAGACAGUGGUAUGACCCUUGCAAACGUAGGGGGCAUCAAGCUCGAACAGCCAAGGGCGAUGCCGCCGGCCACAAACCUUGUGCAAACCCUGGAGUCUUCUCGGCCACAACUGGCACGAAAUGCGAGUAAGCGUUCAAGCAUAUUCGGGCUCACGCCAGUUCUUGACCACUUCGGAUACGAGGUCGAGUUGAGCUUCCUGACACCUUUGGCUCAAGAGGUGCAGCAUCGCUUGCAACAAGUCACAGGAAUCGGGAUAUACAAGCCUGGAGAUGGACCGGGAAUUGAAAUACUCGUUAUGCAGGACAUGGGUUCAGCGAGAGCCCUUGCGGCGGUGCGAUACUUGACCAGAGACUUCCCCACAGAUCAACGAAUCCUGCUAUGCCGUGAGCUGAAGUCACUUCUAACAGCAGAGCAGCUCACUGUUCUCAAGCGAGCACUGUACACCGUUGAACAAAUUCACUGCGAGGACAUUGACGACCGCAUCGCCACCCCACGAAGUGCAAUUACAGCACCAUUGAAGGCUAUCGUACGUCCUUCGCCUGCUCGUAGAGUAGCAAUCAGUGAGCCAGCACGUCCUAAGUCGAGCAGAGUGCUUGUCGACAACCACCGCUUCUCGCGAGGAGCAGAGCAGAACGUAGAGCGGGCUGGUGGUAGGCGUGAGCAAGGUGAUAUCAGUGUCAGGACGGAUAUCUGCGUGCAGGACAGAGCAAGGCUUUCCGUUCCCGAGAGGAGUACGGUAGUGAAGGUCGAAAGUUGA